UGGCGGAGGUCGGCGGAGGUAGGCGAGAAGGCCCGGCGCGCAUGGCGUACGUGUCCGCUCUCCUAGCAGCGCUGCUCACCUCUGUGCUACGACUGCGUCAGCGUCUGCCUCCCCCGCAGCUGACCCGCGAGUGGGGCGCCCGGCUGGUGCUCGAGGACGCCUCGCACUACGUCAUGUACGCGCUGGUGUUCGUGGUGCCGCCGCCUCUGACGCUGGUGCUGCUGCCGGUUACGCUGUUCGCCGUGCUGCACAGCUCCAGCUAUACCCUGCAACUGCUCGAUCUGCUGGGACCGAGCUCGGCAGCGCCGCUGCGCUACCUCAUCUCCCUGGUCGAACUGAAGUCACAGGCGAUGCUGAGAGCCAUCGCCAUCGCCGAGAUCGUCCUGAUGCCCUACACAGUCGCCAUGCUGCUUGUCGGCCGCGGCAGUCUGCUGGUGCCGUUCAUCUACUACCGGUUCCUGUCGCUGCGGUACGCCUCGCGCCGCAACCCCUACUCGCGCACCAUCUUCGCCGAGCUGCGCGUGGCACUGGAGCGGCAGGCGGCCAGCCCGCGCUGUCCGGCGCUGCUUAGUUCGGCCAUCCACCGCGGCGUGGCGCUGGUGUCGGCGCUCAGCCCGCCCGUCAUGGGGGCGCCCCAGUAACGGAGGACCCGGCCGCCAGGGGCGCUGAAGUCGGCUGUCCCCGAAGGGUCUCCGUCUGACCUUACAUGCGUGGAGCCUGGACUCACGAGCUCGGUGGGUCGUGCUGCUCGGGCCAGGUGAACGGGAGAGGUCAACGGAUGCUGCCUCCGGUGACCUGGUGCAGGGUCAACCGUCAGGUCAGUCAACAUGUCGACUAUCAGGCUACGCCUAUCUGCCGCACUGCCCAGUGCCCACUGAUAGGGGUUCCACUCUCAAUGUCAAUCAGCUGUUGUGAAUGUGAUGCCUGCCCAGUGAUGUGUUGCCAUACCGUUUGUGAUGGUAUGUCUCACAGCCGUAUGUGGUAUAGGUAUAAGUCCAAGUUUUGUCUGAUGUCUCAGGCGGUCCAUCGAAUGUUGGGUGUGUUCACAGAGCGCUGUCGAUAAAUUGGGAUCCUGCACCCAUGUAUGUGUUGUCUGUCAAAUGUUCAGGGAUCCCCAACUCCCCAAUUCACUGAUGUAAUCUAGUCGUGAUUAAUGGUAAGGUGUCUUGGAGGUACUUGGUCUGAGCUACUUGGAGCUGUGUAUCCUAUCAAUUAUCGUUUAUCGUUCGUGAAAUCAGAAAUGUUAUAGUAUGUGUCAAAUAUCUCAUAUUUUUGUCAGUGUGAUAAAGCAAUAAAUUAUUUAUAAUUUAGCUCUCCAUUAUGUUGCUUCUUGCAGCCUGUUCCUACUUUUUAUGCUUAGCUACGGCCCCGCACUUCAUCACUAUGUUACCUGUCUGUUCGUAAGUCAAUAUAAGCCACCGAAAGUUGCAA